CGAGCUUGUCCCCAGACAUAAAUGUAAAUCGAUUCAAGUGACUCAGUGAGUAACAUAUGGAUGAUUUUAGCGUCUAACACAAGCGAUAGAGUAUCAAGAAAUUAAUGGGAUCAUGGUAACUAACAGAAGAUCGAAAUAUAUUACUGUCUUACUGAUAAACGGCCAAUAACCAAAAAAUAAAUCAAGGACAUUACGCGAGGGUUGUUUUACUACAGUGAUUUGCUGAACUUCUUCAUUAGAAUAUUGAGCGCGUCGGCCGAAGAGUUCUCUCAGUUACUAAUUAUAUCUGUUCUGUCCACUAAAAAAAUGUCUGGAUCUCGCAAAUUUUUUGUUGGAGGGAACUGGAAAAUGAACGGAAGCAGAGAAGAUAAUGAAAAUUUACUUAAAUUACUCUCAGAAGCUCAUUUUGGUGACAACACAGAAGUUUUAAUUGCUCCACCUUCCGUAUUUUUGCACGAUGUUCGAAAGAUUUUGAAGAAGGAAAUACAUGUUGCUGCUCAAAAUUGUUAUAAAGUAUCAAAGGGUGCAUUUACUGGAGAAAUCAGCCCUGCAAUGAUAAAAGAUAUUGGUUGUGAAUGGGUAAUACUUGGACAUUCUGAGCGUAGGAGCAUUUUUGGUGAAUCUGAUGAGCUUAUUGCUGAAAAAGUUCAACAUGCACUUGCUGAAGGUUUAAGCGUUAUUGCAUGUAUUGGUGAAACAUUAUCAGAGCGUGAAUCUAAUAAAACGGAAGAAGUGUGCGUUAGACAGUUACAAGCUAUCGCAAAUAAGAUUAAAUCAGCUGAUGAAUGGAAACGAGUAGUUGUAGCAUAUGAACCAGUUUGGGCUAUUGGAACAGGUAAAGUUGCUACACCACAGCAAGCUCAAGAAGUUCAUAAUUUCCUUCGUAAAUGGUUUAAAACAAAUGCACCAAGUGGAGUUGAUGAAAAAAUACGUAUUAUCUAUGGUGGAUCUGUAACUGCUGCCAAUUGUAAAGAAUUAGCUCAACAACAUGAUGUCGAUGGAUUUUUGGUUGGUGGGGCUUCAUUAAAACCGGAAUUCACUGAUAUAUGUAAAGCCAAACAAUGUUGAACGUUUUGUCGGUCUUCUACUUCUUACUCUUCUUAAUUUUGUCCCUUCUCGUGUCAGUUACUUCCCUUUUUGUAUUAACAACCAAAGCACAUUAUAAUUAGUAGUAUUUUAAUGUUUAAUGUAAAGAAAUAUGACUACCAGUUCGAAUUACUUAAUUAAUAUCGGUCAAGAAAAUAAUACUUGUCAAUUUAGUUCAUUACUUCAUUUAUCGUCCCUUAUAUUUAAAUUUCGUAUGUCCUAAAUAUACCUUGAAUUAAUAAUUUAAUAAGUUUCGUAAAAUUUUCGCUGGACCUGAAUAUAAAAUGUACAAAACUUAUUAUUGUCCAUAUCGUCAAUUAACUGAAACAGUUUGAUGAUAUUUUAUACGUUGAAAUUGGUAGCUUGAUAUUGUUAAUCCGAUGCAUAUUAAAGACAGUAAGUUUCAGCAAAUGUUGCUUUAAGAAUAUCUAGAAAGAUGAAAGAGAUAUCGAUCAUGUCUGUAAUCUACCAACUUCGGUUGAUUUUUACUUUAUAUUAAAGCUUAUUCAUAGCUAGUUUUGAACCUUUGAGAUGUAGUUAACAAUUAUAAUUUAUA